AUGCUCAGUCCCUGGGGCCCGCUGCGAACGAUCUGGGAUUUCGUCAGUCUCAUGAUCUUGCUGAAGGAUGUCGUGUCCCUGCCCCUUCUCUUACUGGGCGUGGACAUGGACUCGCUCUUCUCGACGUGGCAGGCGAUGUCGUCACUUUCGUUGGUUUUCUGGUGUCUGGACAUCGUCUUGUCAUUCUUCACCGGCUACUACUCCAAGGGAACGCUGGUCCUUGACCAGCGCCGUGUCGUCAUGUCGUACCUCCGAACCUGGUUUCUAAUUGAUCUCCUCGUGAUCCUCAACGACAUCAUGAUGGAAGCCGACGUGUAUCCAGACGGUCUGGAGCAAGAGACCGUGGCAGCUCGAUUCCUCCGUUUCCUUCGAUUGAUUCGCAUCCUUAGACUUGGGAAGCUGAGCCAGAUCUCGCACUUCUUGCUCGACCAGUUCGACAGCCAAGUUGGAUCCUUGUACUUCAGUCUUGGAAUGGUGAUGAUUUGCAUGAUGCUUGUCGAGCAUGUCAUCGCCUGUUUCUGGUUCGGUUUGGGCACCGCGGACGGGGGCCACGAGACCUGGCUCAGUCGCAACAACCUCGACAAGCUGACAUUUAUGACGAAGUAUACCUACAGUUUACGCUGGGCGUUGGCUCAGCUCGGAAUCGGAAGCACGGAGAUUGAGGCUGUCACGGAAGCUGAGGGAUACUACUCGGUCUUCGUGGCGUUUGUCUCCAUCAUCACAUUCUCUACAGUGAUCAGUUCGAUGACUUCCUUGGUCGAAGCGCUGCACAAGAGCAAGCAGGAAGAGACGCGAGAGUUUGGGCUGCUAAAGCGAUUCCUGCGACAGAACCGCAUUCCGAUGGAGCUCAGUGAGCGGGUCACCCGUUCGCUGCGCUACGCUUACCAUGAGAAGACGGCGCGCGCUCAAGAACAUCCGGCCAUCCUGGCUCUCCUGCCGAAGCCUAUGCUUGCCGAUCUGGAUUUUGCGCGCUACAAGAAGUUCCUGCUCACCAUUCCCCUCUUCCAGCAGCUCACUGACAACCCCAUGAUGAAUCUUCUGGCGGGGCAGCUCCUUCGCAAAGUUGCUUGCGCUGCCGUAUCGAUCACGUCAGCCGCAGAGGGGGAUGCAAUUCUUUGUUGCGGCGCAGUCGGGGAGUCUUGCUUUAUCCCCCUCGAGGGCUCCAUGCAGUACUGGCAGGGCGAUGUCUGCGAGAGCGAGGUAGCUGCCGACACCCUCGUUGCAGAGAUGUGUCUGUGGACCGAUUGGAACUAUGUCGGCGACCUGAUCUCAAGCAGUUUUAGUAAAGUGGCGGCGAUUAUGGUUGCUGACGUCUGCCUGUGCAUUGCGAACGUCCCUGACGCCCAGCACGAGACUGGGAUAUAUGCUCGGCGCUAUGUCCAGGCCUUGAAUGCACAGGAGGGCUUGUCAGACCUUUGGCAGUUCGUUGGCAUGCACGAGAAGGACGAGGUGGAGAAAAACAUCAGUGGAUCCAACAGAUGGCGUUGUGCUUGGCCUUGGCGUUGGUCCGCCCGUGUUUCACCCUGA